GCAUAUACUUCAUAGUGCAAGUUGCAGACUCGAAGAAUUGAAUGAAGAAUUGAAUGAGCUGGAGUAAGAGUAGGUGGUGAAUGGAGGGAAACCAAUAAAGAAAACAAAAAGGUCUAUUAAGUUGUUUUAAAUGGUAUUUUCCAUUUUUCCAUACAAAAAUUAUAUAAGUGACAUAUCAAAAUCAAAAUCUCUCCAACUACUUAAAUUUACUACUCACCUUCUCUAAUCACUUGCCACACCUCAUAAAAAAUCACCAUCUCAAAUUCGUUUAUCUUCUUUUCUAACUACAUUUCACCAUUGUUGUUGUUCUUCAUCACUCUAUUUCUACUACUUAGAGAUAAGAAAAAUGGCCAUAGGAGGAAUAGCCAGCACCGGAGGAGUGAAUAAGAAGUACCCAGGAAAGCUCACUCAUUUUGUUUUACGAUCAUGCUUGGUAGCUGCAAUGGGGGGUUUAAUAUUUGGUUACGACAUUGGAAUUUCAGGGGGUGUAACAUCCAUGGGUCCGUUCCUAGACAAGUUUUUCCGGAGUGUAGCCAAGAAGAAAAACCAUAGCGGAACGACGAACAAAUAUUGUCAAUACAACAGUCAGAUGCUGACAUUGUUCACGUCGUCUCUGUACCUUGCUGCACUGUUGUCGUCGUUGGCGGCAUCCACCGUCAGCCGUAAGUUUGGACGACAACGUUCCAUGCUAUUCGGAGGUCUUCUGUUCUUUGCCGGUGGCCUCUUUAAUUUCAUCGCUCAACAUGUUUGGAUGUUGAUAGUUGGUCGGGUCUUGCUUGGAUUUGGAGUCGGCUUUGCGAAUCAGGCUGUGCCACUCUAUCUCUCUGAGAUGGCCCCUUCCAAAUACAGAGGAUGUCUCAACAUUGGUUUUCAACUGCUCAUUACAUUUGGUAUAGUCUUUGCCAAUGUAUUGAACUUCUUCUUUGGGAAAAUCACAAGUGAUUGGGGAUGGAGGUCCAGUUUAGGUGGGGCUAUGAUCCCUGCCCUUGUAAUAAUCAUUGGAUCACUAUGGCUCCCUGACACACCCCAUUCCAUGAUCGACCGCGGCAACCACCAUGAAGCAAAGGAACAGCUUCAAAAAAUCCGUGGCGUUGACAAUGUCGAUGAAGAGUUCAACGAUCUUGUGGCAGCGAGUAUAGCUUCAACGAGAGUUGAACAGCCUCUCAGAAAAUUGCGGGAAAGGAAGUAUAGACCGCAAGUUUCUUUGGCUUUUCUAAUUCCGAUGUUCCAACAACUUACCGGCAUAAACGUAAUUAUGUUUUAUGCGCCGGUUCUAUUUAACUCCAUCGGUUUUAAGGAUAAAGCUUCUCUUAUGUCAGCUAUCAUCACUGGCGGGGUAAAUCUUGUGGCUACUUGUGUGUCCAUGUAUGGUGUUGAUAGGUGGGGGAGGAGAACGCUUUUCCUUGUAGGUGGAGUGCAGAUGAUAAUAAGCCAGAUUGUAGUUGCAGCUGCAAUUUGGGCGAAAUUUGGAACUGAUGGUAGUCCGGGUGAUUUACCACAGUGGUAUGCCAUUCUAGUUGUGUUCUUUUUAUGCAUUUAUAUAGCUGGUUUUGCUUGGUCAUGGGGUCCACUUGGAUGGUUGGUGCCGAGUGAGAUAUUCCCAUCGGAGAUUCGCUCAGCUGGUCAAAGUGUCACGGUGUCGUGCAAUAUGUUUUUCACAUUCGUUGUGGCACAAUGUUUCUUGACCAUGCUCUGCCAUAUGAAGUUUGGAUUGUUCAUAUUCUUUGCUGCCUUUGUUGUGGCUAUGACAAUCUUUGUAUACUUCAUGCUGCCAGAAACUAAAGGAAUUUCUAUUGAUGAGAUGGGCAGUGUUUGGAGAUCUCACUCUUAUUGGUCUAGAUUUGUAGAACAUAAUGAUGAUAAUGAUGUUGAGAUGGACCAGCAAAUACCACCAGUUCAUACUCAUUAGUCUAGAUUUUAGUUUAUUUUAUUUUGUUAAGAAAUUAGUUUUCUUUUUAUUUUCUACUGUUGUACAAAAAUGACACUAUGAUCAAGUUUUAUAUAUUUUUAAUGUCAAAUUUAUUUUGUAUCA